AUGAAGUCGAAGUUCAAAUGGGGCAAGGUCUUCAAGGAGAACGAGACGCCGCCUCAGUCAGCCAGUACUGAGCCCUUCAAGCUUAACGAAGAUGUUGUCGACUUCCUUAAGCCGUCUACGGAGAAGAGCAUGCGACCGAAGAUUGAUAUCGCGAUAGCACAACGCUGGCCAGCCGCGAACGAAGCUAAGGUACUUGACAAGGAAGGCACGAGCUUACCAGAGUGGACAGGGUAUCGGAAGCCGAGGCGGAGAGAGGGUCUUGCGGUGGCCUUCGUUAAGACUGCGCCGGAGGUCGUUGGCGAGGGUGGAGACGAUGCGCUUGAGCCGCCGACGGAGGUGGGUAGGCAGAAAGCGGUUAUGCCGCGAUCUGUGUCAGCGCGCCAGCCGGCUCCGCUUGACGACAACAUGCCAUGGCCUGGCACGGUCGCGCAGAGGCCAACCACUGAGGCCGCAAAGGCACCGACUUCGCCGGAAGAGGCGGUUAGGCCACCGCCUGUGCGGAGGGCUGGAACGUCUCACUUCGAGAUGUCUGCGCCUAUGGAGCGAAAGCAUGCUUCACCAUCACUUCCACAUAUUCUACCGCACAAGCCCAGUCUUGGCCGGACACCAACGGGGUUUCUCGGCCAUAUGCAGGAGACGGCUCACGAAGACUCCGACGACGAGACGUAUGAGGCUCAUUCAUGGAAUAUACCAAUGAUCGACACUCAACUAAACGGAUCGCCGUCCGGCUACAGUUCGUCGGAUCCGUCGACAGCGGGAAUCGAACGUAGCACAAAGCUGUCAGCGGCGCCAAAGUCGCCAGUGAUACAGCGUCGACAGGAUAUGGAAGCUGGCGAGGGCAUGGUUUUGAGGCGCGCCAGUAGUAUGGAGAUCAAGAGUGAGGAUGACGGAGAAUCCGGCCAAGCUGAACCGGUAGUGCAAGCUACUGGUCUGUCAACAACAUCGGCUACCAGCAAGCCUGUGAGGACAAUAUUCAGCCCGGGCGAUAGUCUCUCGCCGGACUCAGCGCUCUCUCCGCUCGGUCCCUCGCCUUUUGCAGACCCAAUAUAUAUGAAGCGCCGGUCCAGAGAUGGCUCGCCUGCUUCUGUGUCAUCUCAGGGGCAGACUCCAGCAAAUCAAUACAUUCUCCCACCAUCUCAGGCUUCCCGGGUUCGUGCUCUACCGCAGUCGGACCGUACCUUUGAUGCGCAGUCGGUGCCGGAGAAGCCACAUCCGCUGUUCAAUCAGCCCAGCCACUCCAGCGGCAGCGCCAACCGCUUUCCUGGGUCUUCCAGAGCUGGUCCGAACAGUCAACCCAGUUCUCGCGAUGACGCGUUCCCGUCCCCUCGUGGCCGCUCCGAAGGGUCAGCAGAAACCCUACCUCGCAGUCAGUACUCGCCGCACAAGCGAGAAUUGCCAGCCUCCGAGGUGCAAGCUUCGAGUGCAAACCGUCCGUCACCCGUAUCUCGACAGAGUCCGCACGGUCGCAGUCCGCCAAACGCCCUACUCUCUCCCGCUCAACCUACGCCUUCUGCUCUCUCACCUGGUGCGCACAUUUCAGCCUCCAACGACUACUUCGCUGCGCCACCAAAGCCGCAACCAGCUCGCUCUCCGGCAGCCACAUUGCGACAAGCCGACACGCCGCGUCCGGGCUCAUCAGACUCCGCGCGUUCUUCCAACCGCCCCAUACCUUCUUCUCAGCCACCUGUGAACAACGACCACGCUGCUAAUGCCGCACUAGCUGAUUUCGCUGGGCGCGUAGCUCAUAUGAACGGCGUCUUCCGGCUUACAGCUGAAAAGGAGCGCCCAGCUGACCAAUGUACGCCGCAGGUAUGGCUGAGAGCGGGCUUGUGGUGGUACCUGAAGGGCAAAGCCGGUCUCGAAAGCCUUCUGCAACAGCGACAGCAGGAACCCAAUCUUCACCGUGAUUUACUGAUACAGGCGCAUGUUGAUCUCGCGAAAGCUUGGUGGAUCUUGUCGGAUCACCUUCAACCAUUCGAUACGCUUGAGAGCCAGCCGGGUGCACGCUUGCCGCAAGGUGCAGAGCAGCAGCUUCAGCAGUCUGUUGCGCUGUUGCGCAGUCACAUCAAGUCAUUGUCCGCCUCUAUGAUUCGCAGUCAGCUGAUGCCGCCCGCACAGUCGCUUAUACAAGGCCAAAAUACUACUAUCUGGCUUCAGUACCCGCGCUUCAAUGCAGAUGCGGCUACCGUACUAGGUAGCUAUGUAACAAACACUAUGAUGCAAGGUGGCCCAUCACCCGCGAUCAGUGCACUGGAGGUGUUGCCUUUGGGCGACGAUCGCACCACAUUCUGCUACGGCCGCUUUCCGGUCGACCUGUCGCUGCAUACGGACGAUGCAAACACGGAUAGGGUGGCGGUGCCGUGCAUGCUGACAAUGCUACGUGACAAGCAAGAUCUCCAGCCUAGCAUCGUCAUUUCCAGCCAGUCCGCUUUGGUGAAUCUAAGGCUAGGACCUCGCCACGGUCCCGAACGAGGGCCCAGCUGGCGCGACGUGUCCUGGAGGUCCGGCUCACACAGCAUUGGCAUCAGUCUUCCUCGCGGCUUCGAGGUGACUGUACGCAUGCAGGAGCGUGACCUUCGCACUUUGUGGAAUCUCGUCGAAUACGCGCGAAAGGUGCAGCAAAGCCUGGCGGCUGAAGCGAAUGAAAAGCUCGUGCAUGAAGUCAGCCUUGCCGAGUUACAGUAUGCGGACUCUGCUGGGUCUCGCGCCUUUCCGCAGGAGAAACUCAGCAGCUGCUCUGCUUUCGUCUUCGAACGCACAGCAGAGCACGGUGACGGAAGAUGGCUGCGAAAGAAGCACGAUGGUUUUCGUUUACUGCUAAUGACAGAUCCGUCGCACAAGUCGCUAAGCAGUGUAAGUCACAAGAUCGGCAGAGGCUUACCAAUGUUUCUUGAGUUCGUUACGGAUGCUGCUGCGCAAGGCACCACCGCCAUGGUUAUCCGCAUACAGGAAGAUAAGCGGCAGUGUAGGUUACUCUUGGUAUUUCCGGAUUCUGCGAGCAGACAGGCAUUGUUUGAUGUGCUCAAUGGCAUCAGCAUCAGCUCGGAUGAAGUCAUCGUCGCCAAGAUGGCCUUGACGGGCCUUAAUAUUCAGCCUGCUUCAUCAAGCGACGUACAAAGUCCGAUCGCUCAUCCUGCUCUGCACAGUGUGCAAUGGCAGGAGCUGGGCGUUACGAAUUGCCAGCCCGACGAUCCGAGUCCGCGAGCACCAUCCACUACCGGAUCAGAGAGUCUGCGUAUUGUCGCAAAACAUGCCGCGGGGUGCCUCACCGAUCGACUCAACCUUGGGAAAGGCGAGCUGCUUUUGCGCCUGCCAUGCGCUGACACUGCACUGCCAGCUGUACAAAUCCUGCGUAAUGCGCAAGAAGACUUGGCCAUGUCAAUCGACAGCCGGCAUGUAUCGCAAGGAGUAGCAAGCGGCAUGACGGAGCUUUUAGCAAUGGCACAGAAGGAGAUGACGAUCCGUACCUUCACGUUCGCGACACUCACCGACUUGCAUGCCUUCCAGGCCUCAAUCACCGGCUGCACAGUGCGUUAUGACGGCAUUGCCAGCACCUUUGGCAUCUCACAGCGAAUGAUGGUCGUACCCAUCUAUCAGAAGAAGCAGGCAUCGGGCGUCCGCCUUCAGGUCGUCGUACACAGUACCGUUGCCCAGGUGCUUGUGUUCAUGGAAGAUUUCGCUCUGGCCGAAGCCUUGUGCUUCCAGGUGAAAUCCACAGACACUUUUGAGCGCAUUAAGGGCGACAGCAGGAACAAGAAGUGGGCCAUCAAGUUCGUGGAUGCCAAGUUCAAGUUACCUCAGAAGUGGGAUCGAGGAGGGCUGCCCCGGGAAGAGGCUGUGAGGCAACGGUUUGUCAAUUUGGAAGGCUUAGAAUAUGCUGAAGAACAUGACGAUAUCACUGUUGGCUUUGAUACAGAAGAAGAGCGAGAUGUAUUCGCACGAGCACUCCCGGCUGCCACGACCGUAAGCCGUGGCAUCACACUCAAACGACGGAUAUGA